AAGGCGUCGAUGAUUGGGUAGCUGUGUGACUAAGCCCGCCCAUUCCCCAUUGUUAUUUAAAGUUUGCGAGUGCCAACGCGGACUGAAUCUCUGUCGGAGUGACGUGGUGCUCAAAUAUUGCAAGAAGUGCUGCAACAAAUCUGUGAUGAUGCUGCUGAAUUCAUUAGCAUCGCUCUGCAUUCUGGCUGCUGUUGCCUUUGCUGUUCCUGCUCAGGAGAAGCGCAUCCAUCACCAGCCUGAUCUGAGUGACCACGCCCACGAUGAUGCUCACGGUUUCCAGUAUGACCAUGAGGCCUUCUUGGGCAAAGAAGAGGCUAAGACCUUUGACCAGCUUACUCCUGAGGAGAGCAAAGACAGAUUAGCGAAGAUUGUGGACCGCAUUGACACAGACAAGGAUGGCUACAUCAGCCACACGGAGCUGCAUUACUGGAUCAAACACCGGCAGAGGAGGUACAUCGAGGAAAAUGUGAACAAACACUGGAGGGACUACGACAGUAACCAAGACGACAAGAUAAGCUGGGAGGAGUAUAAAAACACCACCUAUGGCUACUAUCUGGGUGAAGAGUUUGAUGAUGUUGAUGACAAGGACACUUAUAAAUCCAUGCUCACCAGGGAUGAGAGGCGCUUCAAGUCGGCUGACCGAGACAGAGAUGGCAUUGCCACACGUGAGGAGUUCACUGCCUUCCUUCACCCUGAAGAGUUCGAUUACAUGAAGGACGUGGUAGUUCAGGAAACCAUGGAGGACAUUGAUAAGAAUGGAGAUGGCAAGGUCAACUUAGAAGAAUACAUUGGUGACAUGUACACACCAGAGAAAGGGGAAAGUGAGCCUGACUGGGUCCAGACAGAGAGGAAACACUUCUCAGAGAUCAGGGAUGCCAAUAAGGAUGGCUACCUGGAUGCUAAUGAAGUGGCAGAGUGGAUUUUGCCAGGAGAGGUUGACCAUGCUGACAAUGAAGCCAGACAUUUGAUCCAUGAGACGGACACUGACAAGGACGAGAAAAUUACCAAGAAGGAGAUCCUGGCCAACUGGAACAUGUUUGUGGGCAGUCAGGCCACCAAUUAUGGGGAAGACUUAACAAAGAGACAUGAUGAACUUUGACGAGCUGUCCUGUCUGAAAAUAAUUUCAGUUUUAAUUUGAUUUUUAUAGGAAACUUUGUUACAGGGGGAUCAAAGUAGGGGUGGGACUUGGUAAGGUCAGGUUCUGGCUCUGGGUUAUGCUGUUAUUGGGUAUCUACCCUUGUCUACAUGUACAUAUGCAUCACUUAACAGACACACACACUUCCAAAUGAUGUCACAUACUGUGUGCAUGCCUUUAUUCAGAAUUGUACUGAAAUGCAUAACUUCAUAACACAGUGCUGUUGUCCAUUGAAAACUACAGAUCUGCAAAACUCUAAGACAUAAAAUUCUGAUGUUCAGUAUUGUUUUACGCCUGUGAGAGGGAAGGCAUAUGUUCUUACAACAUGCAGCAUGUAAACAUUUCAAAAAAUGCUGUCAAACGGAGUGUGUGUGUGUUGCAUUGUGAUUUUAAUUAUGAAUAUCAUUUUUAAGUGCUUCCUAUUAUUCUCCAUGUGCAGGAGCUGUUGCUGGGCGGGGUGGGAAAUAUUGACAUUUGUUUGAAAAAUGUUUUUUGAGAUGUUUUCAAGUUGUUCAAUUUACCUCGAAUUUCAACCUGACAGCUUCCCCCUUCUCCUUUGACUACAUCUCAUACCCAUGAAAACUGUUCUCCUGUAACUCAUGAUGUUUGCUGCCUUUAACAUCAGUUUUAGUAUUUUUAAUGAACUUGGGGGUUUGUCUCUUGCUUUUUGGCCAUUUAGUACCUUUAAAUUUUUUGGAAGAGUAUUCUUUGAGUUGGGAGAGCGUUUAAGAGCGUUCGCAGAUGAAGAAAAUGUACCCCCAAAAAUGCUCAGUUUGUUGGACAUGAUGUUCCUCACCGUUUUAUAAUGGCAUAAGCUGCAGCCAAAGAAAACCACCAACGCAAAAAUGAAAUGGCCUAUGCUGAACAAAUAGGAAACACAUCAUUUGAUGAAACUGAAAUUGAUCAUCUUGGGUCAGAUGAGGUCACCUGUGCAGUGACUGCAGAGUGCUGAUAGUGCUGAAUGGAGCAGCACAUGGGCACUGCACUGUGCAUUUCUGUGUUUGGUGAGGUGAGGUGAAUUUAGUUAUCUGAGCCUCUGCAGACAUCUGUGGACAUGCCAAUGUCUCUCACUAUACUCUGUUACUUAAUUACAAUAUGAGAACAGGUCAUAUCUAAUGAAGUUGGUGAGUAUUCACUGUUAAAUUGUUAGGCCAUAAACAUGAUUGGCUCCAAAAUAAUGAGACUUCCACUGUUUGUAAUUCCACAGAGAAUAAAAAUAGAAACUGCUUUUAUUUGAGUUCCUGUACUUUGCUCAUCAGGAUGGCCGUCUGACUCUCUCUGAGAUACUCGACAAGCUGGACUUCAUCAAGAUCAGUACGAUCACCGACUAUGGAGGGAUGAGGGUGGACGACCACGAUGAACUGUGACUUCUGUUUGUUCAGGAUCAUUGGGCCUCAUUUACAAAUUGUGCAUACGAAUGUUUCACACACACACACCUGGGAGUCGUGAACAUAAUGAGCCAACAAGUGUCAGACUUAGAUUACACCGGCUCUUUUUUCUUGUGGUCUGUUACUUUUUUCACUUGGGCCACAGUGAGUGUGUCAGGAGAAACUUGUGCGGCAGUGUGCAGGUUGUGGCACAGACCAGUUAAUUCAGAAUGAUUCACUAACAUGUGCACAGCGGGCACAUUUCAGGGUGAGAACAUUACUGUGCACAUCCAAGUGAAUGAGGCCCAAUGUGAAGCUCUCCAUAAUCCAUCAUCAACUGGCAAGCAGCUCGAAUUAAGACACUGCAGACAUGCUGUGAACUUCAUGCAUGCUCAGAGCACCGACUGCAGUUUGUAAAUUUCACCUGUGAACACAAUAAAAACCCUGAGCCUCUG